GACAUUCAAAUCUUGCUUAAAUGUACUUUGUAAUACAGUACACGGUGGGAACUCUAAAAUAAUCGUGCACAUUUAAAGUGGGCUUAGUGUUAGCUUUCUAUUUUUCUUCUGCUUGGUUUUGUUUUUACCUUAAUAAGAAAAAUUGACUGUCACUUCUAGCAGCCAGUGACGAUGACAACACAAACAAGGCUCUGUAAUUGGAACCUUGCUUUAUUUGUCAUUUUUUAAUUUUAUUUUAUUUUGUAUUUUUAUUUGAAUAUUUUCAUUGAAUAAGUCACACACAGAGCAGAAGUUGUCAAAAUGGUAAAGAAAAAAAAAAUUAAGCUGAUUUGCAUUUGACGCUUGAACGAUCUUUGGGUUCAGUUUGUACCAAUGACAAUAAAAAACUUAGAUCAGAAUAACACGCGUGAGUGAACACGCGUCCUACCGAGACCGAAGACAGGCAUGCAGGCCUGCGUGAGAUUCUCAAAGCGUCAAAACACCACGGCUUCAGGCUGUCAUGAUAUUUUCAGAUUUGUUUAAAACAGAAAUGCAUGCCAUAACAUCACGUUUCUUUGAAUCAAAGAAACAGAAAAGCAAGAAACAAUAUUCCUACUGCUGCUAAUAUAACAAUUUCUCCCUAGGAUGAUAGUAAUAUCUGCUCUGUUUUAUUCAUAAAACUGAGCAAAAUAUUUUUGAAUAAACACCUGCUGACUUUAGCUGCUUAUUGUGCUGAAUAUUUUUGCCGUUUUGCUAAAAAAAAAAAAAAAAAAAAAAAGAAGAAUUAGCUGUUUGUUUAUAGUGAAGGUUUCUGCUGCUCGGCAGGUAAAGCUGUAGUUUUGAAACAAAGUCUCCCUAAUAAGAGUGAUGGGUGUUUGCUCCUCUAGUUUCUACACCACAAUUUUCUGGACUAAAAUAUUUUCAAACUUUGCUUGUCACACUUGUAAAGGUGUUGUGGACUUAUUUCGACGUAGUGAUUGAGAGAGCGGAGCAACAGGUAGAGCUGGGAGGGACUCUGUGCUCCAUACAGGAGGAAAUUACAUCCGUCACGUUCUGCUCUUUCACCUGCAAAAAUAUGUCUUUAGGUUUCCAUCUAAAGUAUCACUUUUUGUUGUUUAGAUGUCUUGGUGUGUUCUGAUGCUGAUAAUCCCUCCCCUUCGUCUUGCUUAAUUUGACUUAUUUGUGCACAUUACACACACAGAGACACAGAUGCUGUGUAACUGCACUUAAAGAAGAAAGAAAAACAUAAACGUACACAAGAGGACGUUUGCCUCGGUUUUGAUCAAGUGUGAACUGGAUCCAUGUUCAGAGCUUGUGCCGGCUUGUUUGACUCUCGAGGAUUGCAUGUGGAAGAGGAAGUGGCUUCCAACAACUGUGAUUAAACAUGUGUAACUAAUCAGUGACUUUGCUGCCAUGGCACAAGUAUGUAAUUUGUAGAGUCUAGUGUUGGGAAGAAAAAGUGAGUAGCUGAAAGGAACUGAACUGCAGCAUUCUGAAUAUUUUAGAAGAACAUUUUGUUGCACAGAAUUUAAAUUCCUCUGGCUGCGCUCAUUUGAAAUGCCCAAUUUCCUUCAUGUUCUUCCAUUUUAAGUUAAAAUAGGAGUCGAUUUGUAAUAACGUUUAAGCUGAAAGCUCAGACUGCCGUGCUUUUUCGGGGCUCGCGGAUUAUCUUUGCAGUGCUAUAAAGGACUAAAGGGAAAGGCCGGAGCAUUUGAAAUUCAGGUGGAAAUGACUGAGCUUGAUAGCAGAGGGGAAUCCUAAUGGGGCCAUCAAAGUCCUUAUUUGUACCCAACAGAUGAGGCAGCUGUGAAUUGUAUGAAAUAUUGGAAAUCAAUGGGUUCCAUGGAAUUUCAUUAAGCGGCAGUAUCCACAAUUGAUAGGCCCUCAUAAUUUGAUGGAUUGCACAAAGAAAAUUAUUAGCUGGCUCUUUGGAGAGGGUGUGAAUGCACAAAUCUGGGUCUUGAGAGUUGGUGAACUAGGGUAAUUUGUUCAGCGUAAAAAGCAAAAAAAGAAAAAGAGAAAGAAUAUUGAUUUUGGUUAUGUUAAAAGAGAGGGGGAAAAAAUCAAAGGUUAAAUCUUUGCUGCUCUCUACUGCAAAAUAUGUGUGAAUUUUUUAUUGAUUAUUUAUUCAUUAAUUCUUCUUUCAUCCCCCUCCUCCCUUCCUCUCUACCCUCUCCCAUCCCUGCAGCCCCAGGUGAUGUGCUGGAGGAUGCCGACAGCGGGAACGAGAGCCGCAGCGGCAGUGAAGAAACCCACGUGUGCGAGAAGUGUUGUGCCGAGUUCUUCAAGUGGUCAGACUUCUGUGAACAUUUAAAGAGCUGUACAAAGAACCCCCUUGUACUCAUCGUGAACGACAAUGAGGACACGCCGAACCCUUCCCAGGAGUACCCUUCAGAGCCCUCACCCAUCCCGAGCUGCAACAGCGAGCAAGACGACAGCGAGGACGCCAGGGAGGGGAACCAGAGUCCUGCCGGUGAGGGCGACGACAUCCCAGAGACGGAUCCUUUAAACGGGGUCGGUGUCCUGGAAAAGGAGGAUGAGCAGAUGGAGCUGGAGCUUUCUCCUGACAAAAAUAUAGACUCCGAAGAGAGAGACAUGACAUCACCCGAGCCAGAUGGCUCCCUACCUCAGCUAAGCGAUGUUGUCCCCUCUGCAAUUACAAGCUACACCAUGCCAAGCACCAAUGUUACCUUGGAGACCCUGCACGGUACUCGGGUUGCAGUUGCCCAGUUUUCUCAGAGUGUAAGGGCGGCGGCGGCGGCGGCGGCGGCAGCGGGCAGUGGGGUGUCCACUAUGGCUAUCCCUAUGAUCCUGGACCAGCUUAUGGCUCUCCAGCAGCAACAGAUUCAUCAGCUGCAGCUUAUAGAACAAAUAAGAAGUCAAGUGGCUCUCAUGAACAGACAGUCUGCCCCACAACCUGCUCUCAGCCACCAUCACAACAGUGCUGCGGGAAACCAGGGCUCUGUGUCCUCCUGUGUCCCUCCCGUUGCAAACCAACUUCAUUUACAUAACUUCAUCACACCCCCUGUCCAUCAGCUACCUGUCAGGUUGCCUGCCACUCUUAGUGCUCAAGGACCUUCAUCUCUCACCUCAGCAAUAGAAGGGCCUCUCUCUCAAACACCACAGAGCAGUACUUCACAGUCUAACUCCUCAGUUCCAAACACAUCGUCAAACAACUCAGCGUUUCCACCACCAGGUGGUUCUGGAUUGCCAGCCCUACAUCCCACCUGCUCAUCCACUAUCUCAAAUAACAACAGUAGCACUAGUAGCAGCAUAACAGGAGGUGGAGGUGGCGUCAGCAGCACUUCGGCUCUUCCCAGGAACUCCACCACCCCUCCCUCGCUAAGUCACAGCAGCCUCCUGAACUCUGCCUCCAGUCUACCACUGAUACCUCACAGUUCCUCGAGCAGCGUCAUAUUCCCCAAUCCACUGGCUAGCAUAGCAGCCACAGCCAAUGCACUUGAUCCCCUUUCUGCUCUAAUGAAACACCGCAAGGGAAAGCCCCCCAAUGUGUCUGUGUUUGACACCAAGCCCAGCUCCGAAGACCCCUUCUUUAAGCAUAAGUGUCGGUUCUGUGCCAAGGUGUUUGGCAGCGACAGCGCCCUGCAGAUCCACCUGCGCUCUCACACUGGAGAGAGGCCCUACAAAUGCAAUAUAUGUGGCAAUCGUUUCUCCACCAAGGGGAAUCUUAAAGUCCACUUUCAGAGGCACAAAGAAAAAUACCCGCACAUUCAAAUGAACCCUUACCCUGUACCAGAGUACCUGGACAAUGUGCCCACAAGCUCCGGUAUUCCAUACGGCAUGUCGCUGCCUCCCGAAAAACCUGUAACCACCUGGCUCGACAGUAAACCGGUCCUCCCCACUGUCCCCACAUCCAUUGGCCUCCAGCUGCCUCCCACGCUUCCCAGUAUGAUUGGAGGUUUUACAGAUUCUCCUAGCCUCACUCCACUUAAUAGGUCCCCUCAGAGGCCUUCACCGCCCACAAGUGAGUGUGCAUCUUUGUCCCCAAAUAUUGCCAAUGAUUCUGGCAUGACCACUACUUCACCCUCCCCGAAACCUAGCAUUGGGAGUGAUGCACCUCCGCUCCUGAAACCUGAAGGCAUUCUCUUGUCACCAAGUUGCCCUAUUAGGCCAGGAGACAGCACAGCCACCACAACCACAAUAAGUCAAGCGCUUCUUCCCACCACUGUCACCUCUACGACAUUGUCAGGUAGUGGCCAAAUCACUGAGCCUAUCAGCAGUUCCAACUCCGCUUCAAAUUCUGUCUCCCAUCCCGUCCUUCCAAUGCUUUCUGACCAGUUUAAGGCAAAGUUUCCCUUUGGAGGACUCCUAGACUCUAUGCAAACCUCAGAGACGUCAAAGUUGCAGCAGCUUGUCGAGAACAUUGAUAAGAAGAUGACCGAUCCCAACCAGUGUGUCAUCUGCCAUCGUGUUCUAAGCUGUCAGAGUGCUCUGAAGAUGCACUACCGUAUCCACACUGGCGAGAGGCCUUUCAAAUGCAAGAUAUGUGGACGUGCAUUCACUACUAAGGGAAAUCUAAAGACGCACUUUGGCGUGCACAGGUCGAAACCACCACUUCGAGUCCAGCACUCCUGCCCUAUAUGUCAGAAAAAGUUCACCAAUGCUGUUGUGCUGCAACAACACAUCCGCAUGCACAUGGGAGGGCAGAUUCCCAACACCCCUGUUCCUGAAAAUCUGCAGGAGAUGGACAUGGAUGUGUCCUUCGAUGAAAAGAGCCUAGACGCAAUGAGUAACUACGAUGACGACCUGCUGGAUGAAAUGGAGCAGGCUAUGGAUGAUGACAUGGACUUAAAAGACGGAGAAGUAGACCCUUCUAAGCCCUAUUCACCUGGGAGCUCACCUCCAACUUCUAUCAUUUCUAGCAUUGCUGCAAUGGAAAACCAGAUGAAGAUGAUUGACUCUACUGCCAACAUAAGUCGCACAUUUGGCCUGAAGACUGCACAGAAUGGCAGCAGCUUUCCUGGGGAGACUGACUGCUUUACAACUGACUCCCUGACUGCUGUGGGGGAUGCUGAAGGUCAGAGCUUGGGAAGUCCCGCUUUGUCAGAGUCCUCUGGCUCUAUGCAGCAUUUGUCCCCAGCUCACAGCCAUUCUGAGAACCAGCGGUCCAAGUCCCCAGCUACACUCAAUAAUAACAACAGCAGCAGUGCAAUGACAGCAGAGGAGGGCCAGGAGAACAAUGCAGCUGGCCUGGCAACAGUGAAGUCAGAAAAAUCUGAGACCCCGUCUCCCCAUUCUGCUACUGAAGGGACCGGGGCCCUUGACCUGACUGCCACUCAACCUGGCAGGCACUUCAUCAAGGAGGAGAGCCACUUCAACAUGCUGUUUCUAAACAGAGAUCGAGGACUAAGUACUCCUAAUUUAGCCAGUACGGCAACAAACAUGAUCAAGAUGGAAAUUAACGGACAUGGCAAGUCCCUGAGCGACAGCGCUCACCUGCCCGUGGGCAUUCAGGUUCCAGCCGCAGCACCCCCGACCACCAUGAGCCCCAGCAUCAACCCUAUGCUGGCACCGCCGCCUCCACGUCGCACUCCUAAGCAGCACAACUGCCAUUCGUGUGGGAAGAAUUUUUCCUCGGCCAGCGCGCUUCAAAUCCACGAGCGCACACACACGGGAGAGAAACCUUUCGCCUGCUCCAUUUGUGGAAGGGCCUUCACCACAAAGGGCAAUCUGAAGGUUCACAUGGGAACACAUAUGUGGAACAACGCCCCCGCUCGUCGGGGCCGACGCCUGUCGGUGGAGAACCCCAUGGCCCUCCUGGGCGGCGACGCCAUGAAGUUCAGCGAGAUGUUUCAGAAGGAUCUGGCGGCCCGGGCCAUGAACGUCGACCCGGGCUUCUGGAACCAGUACGCCGCUGCCAUCACCAACGGCCUGGCCAUGAAGAACAAUGAGAUUUCUGUGAUUCAGAACGGAGGCAUCACCCAGCUACCCGUCAGACUCGGCGGGACGGGAAUCACUUCCUUGGGAGCCAUGCCUGGAGGAGGCAUGGACCGUGUUCACACUGGCAGAAGCUCCCCCAUCACGGGUAUGGAGAAGUCUGGUCUGGAGGUUCCAGCCAGUCGACCCUUUUCCAGAUAUAUGGAGGAGAACAAAGAGAUUGGGAUCAACUGAAAACUUGUCUGUAUUGUAGCAGUUUGGCAAAGACUUAAAGUAUGAUGAGAAAAUUACUGAGGAAAAAAAAAAAAACUGCUGAUCCAGUCUAAACUCAUGCAUACUUCUGUGUGUACAGAUUAUUUUUUUUGUUUGGUUUUGGAAUUAUGGUAUUUAGUAUUGAUUAGAGGCCUUUGCCUUUCACCCACUCCCUUCUCACUUGAUAUUUCGUCUAUACAAAGAAAACUUUGUCUCUUGUUUGAGAAUAUGUCGUCUUGCAAGAUAUGCAUGGUACUUCUUUGUUUUUAUUGGUAUGUUUGACUGCUUUUAUGAAUUCCUUUGAAAACCAGGAUUCUGCCUAAGCGACAAUGGGCAAAGCAUCUUUUAACGGACAGAACAAAGUUCACACAGGAACAAUUUUGUUUAACGACAGUCUGACGUUUGUCCAGCAGCCCCGUUAGCGGUAGCUCUUUUAAACGCAAGGGCCGAGACGAGACUGAAGAAAAGACUGAAGUGUAGUGUUUUCGUGGUCGCUUGAUACAACCUUUGUUUUUGUUUUUGUUUUUUUUUUUCUCAUGAACUAGAAAACUUGAAAAAAUAAUGUUUGAACUAUUUUAAUCUUUACAUUUAGUCUCUCAGCAUUGUCUUAUAAUGUUGUCCCGUGUCUUUAGUAUUUAUGAUAUUGACAAAAAAAAAAAAAGAAGAAGCGGGUAUUCAAAAAUAUAUUUAACAGCCCAAGCAUUUUAUUGUUUGUUUGUUUUUUUUAUAAACAGCAGGCUUCACUGAUGAGUAUCUCUGUUAAUAAAGGCAGUAUGUCACUUGAGUUGACCAGCAGAGAUAAAAUUGUAGGUUUUAUUUGGAUAUCUGUUGACACCAUGUGUAUCUUCUCACAUGACAAGGAGGCAAGAGAUAUCCAAAGCUGCUAUGACCACAACCCUGCUUUUAACCUUUGUAAAAAAAGUUUAAAAAAAAAUAAAAAUACGAAGGAAAAAAAAGAAGAGGUGAACCUUUUGAAGAAAUAUCUAU